AUGUACAGGAGGUACAUAUGGAACAGCCUCUUCCGGGAUGUGAAUUUCCGGCUAAAGAAGAUUUACCACUCCUUUUACUACGCUCAGAGCCACAUCAAGUAUGUCAUGCUUUUUCUGUUCCCCGGAGUGAUAUGGUCCACUCGGUACAGGGCGGACACGAAGUUGGGUUACUACAUCUACAUAAAUGAGGAGAAGCUAUACCCAAAUGCGAUGAGUGAGGAGGGAUCCAAGACUGACGGGGUGGACAGCUGGAGUGGCAACUGGAGUGACAGCGCCAGUCUUAUGGACUAUCUUUAUGCCAAAUUUUUUCACAACUACAAUAAACUGACAACGAAGAAAUGGAAAAAUGGAACGAAGCUUUAUCUCGAUGACGGACUAACCGUUGGUGAUGUGAAGAAGGUGUUAUACUCUGAGGAGGAAAAGAUACCUAAGCAUUUGAAGUUUGGCUGCCGGGGACGGAUGAUGGAAGAUACGGAUAACCUGGCCAUGGCCGUUCGGGCCUUCUGCAAAAGGGACCCCAAAAUUUUUAUCUGGGAGGACGAGCACGCUGCGUACGUCUGA